AUGGUGGAAAGCCGCCAAAUUGCGGCUUUUGUUGUUCUUCCGGUUGCCUUUAUUGGCUUCAUAAGCAAUUGGUGUGUGGCGAUAGUGAUUCGAAGACUUUCGAGUAUGCAAAACUCGUUCGGCAUGAUCACGACGAGUCAAAGUAUCGCCAAUGCCAUCCAUUCUUCACUCUUCCUAUUCUACUACGUUCCAAUGCUCUUAUUCAACAUUGAAAUUCUCAAAACAUAUUCACAAUAUUGUGGUCAUAUGUUGUUAAUUGCCUAUGAUUUAUCCACAUACUCUCAUUUGGCAAUUUCUUUGAAUCGAUUCUGCGCAAUUUAUCGUCCCGUUCAAUAUGAUAAAAUAUUCAGCAAAAGAAAUACAUUUAUAAUUAUUACAAUCUCCUGGAUGACAGCCAUUCUUCCAACAUUUUAUCUUUAUAUUUAUGCUGACUGUCGUUUUCCGUAUCUCGAAACCUUUUGGGCUUUUGUCUUCACAACUACCCCGAUUUGCAAGACGAUUACCUUAUAUGCAGAUUUUCUUAAAUAUAAUACCAUCGUUUGUAUGAUCGUUAUUAUUGAUUUAAUCACAGUUUCGAAAGUCCGCAAUUUCAAGCAUAAGGUUACUGGAAUCGUUUGUCAAAGUCAUGCGAAGAAACGCAAAAGCGAAAUUAACUUUUUGAAGCAGGAAAUCAAAUAA